GACUUGCCUUCACCCCAAGUAACCAUGAAAGGUGUUCUCCAAGUCUCGCUCGUGCUCCUGCUCCUUACUGUGUCUGAUUGUGCCGUGAUCACGGGGGCCUGUGAGCGUGAUAUCCAGUGUGGGGCGGGCACCUGCUGUGCCAUCAGCCUGUGGCUGCGGGGCUGGUCCUUUCAACUCCCUGAGGAUACCUUGUCCACGCAGCACUUCUCCAGGAUCCCUUUCUUCAGGAAACGCCAGCACCACACCUGUCCUUGCUCACCCAGCCUGCUGUGUUCCAGGUUCCUGGACGGCAGGUACCGCUGCUCCAUGGACUUGAAGAACAUCAACCUCUAG